GUGCGCGCGCGUUCCCGCCAGGCGCGCACGUGGGCGCGGCCGCAGGUGAGGCAGGUGAGGCAGGUGAGCCCCGGGAGCCGCCAUGGACGGCCCCGCCCUGCCCAUCCGCCGCUCCCGCCGGGAGCUGGUGGAGGCCGUGCGGGAGCGGCCCUUCCUCAUCGUCACCGGCGAGACGGGCAGCGGCAAAAGCACGCAGCUGCCCAGGUACCUCUACGAGGCAGGCCUGGCCGAGCGCGGCGCCAUCGGCGUGACCCAGCCGCGGCGCGUGGCCACCGUGUCGGUGGCCCAGAGGGUGGCCGAGGAGAUGGGCUGUGCCCUGGGGGCUCUCGUGGGCUACCAGGUCCGCUUCGACGACUGCACCUCCGAGGACACUGCCAUCAGGUACAUGACUGAUGGGUGCCUUCUGAGGCAAAUCCUGGCAGACCCCCUCCUCAGCAAGUACAGUGUCAUCAUUUUGGAUGAAGCCCACGAGAGGAGCCUCAGCACUGAUAUUUUAUUUGGUCUGCUGAAGAAGCUGUUCCUGCAGGAGAAGCCAGCAGGCAGGAGGACAGACAUGAAGGUGGUGGUGAUGUCAGCCACCCUGGAGGUGGAGAAGCUCUCGGAGUUCUUUGGGCACUGCUCAGUGCUGCACAUUCCAGGGAGAAGUUACCCUGUCAAGGAGAUAUUCUGCAACCUGCUGAGCCCCAGGGAUGUGGGCAGCUCUGCCUAUGUCACAGAGGCUGUGAAGGUCACCCUGGAUGUUCACUUAAAUGAACCAGAGGGUGACAUCCUGGUUUUCCUCACAGGCCAGAAUGAGAUAGAAAGAGCCUGUGAUUUGCUUUUCAAGAGAGCAGAGUCCAUCGAUUACCGGUACGAGGUGCACGACCGGGCUGUGGAGGGGCUCCUCAUCCUGCCUCUCUAUGGCUCCAUGUCCACAGAUCAGCAGAAAAGGAUAUUUUUGCCAGCUCCCAGAGGCAUCAGAAAAUGUGUGGUCUCCACAAACAUUGCUGCAACAUCUCUGACCAUUGAAGGAGUCAGAUACGUGGUGGACAGUGGCUUUGUGAAGCAGUUGAAUCAUAAUCCCCGAGUUGGUUUGGACAUCCUGGAGGUGGUUCCCAUCUCAAAGAGUGAAGCCAAGCAGCGCGCCGGGCGCGCCGGCCGGACGUCGGCGGGGAAAAGCUUUGGAUUGUACGGCAGGGAGUUCUGGGAGCAGUGCAUGCCUGAGCACACCGUGCCAGAGAUCAGGAGGACCAGCCUGACAUCUGUGAUCCUCACCUUGAAAUGCCUUUCCGUGCACGAUGUCAUCAGGUUUCCCUAUUUGGACCCUCCUGAGGAAAGACAUAUUUUGGAAGCUCUGAAGGAACUUUACCAGUGCAAUGCUAUUGACAGGAGAGGCCAUGUGACAAGACUGGGAGAAUUCCUGGUGCAGUUUCCCCUCCCUCCCAACCUGUCCUGUGCUGUGAUAAAAGCUGCUUCCCUGGACUGUGAGGAUCUCCUGCUUCCCAUUGCAGCCAUGCUGUCCGUGGAAAACGUCUUCAUCCGUCCAGGUGAUCCUCAGAAGCAAAAGGAGGCUGAGCUUCAACACCAGGAACUUGCCUCACAAGUGGGAGGAUGCAAUGACUUUGCAACCCUCUUAAAUAUUUUUGAGCAGUGCAAAGCAAGCAAGUCUCCUUCAGCCUGGUGCCAGAAAUACUGGAUCCAUUGGAGAGCUGUGAAAUCUGCUUUUAGUGUGGAAAGGCAGCUGCGGGAAAUAACCACUAAACUGAAACAGCUGCCAGACUUCCCUAAAGAGACAUUUGAAGGCUCCAGAACUGAAAUACUGAGAAGAUGCUUGUGUGCAGGAUACUUCAUCAACAUUGCUAGGAGAUCUGCAGCCAGAACAUUCUGCACCAUGGAUGGCCAUGGCAGCAUAGUCUACAUCCACCCUUCCUCCACACUCUACAACCAGGAGACCCUGCUGGAGUGGAUCAUCUUCCACGACGUGGCCGUCACCUCCAAGAUCUACGUGCGCACCGUGUGCCCCGUGCGCUACGAGUGGGUCAGGGACCUGCUGCCCAGGCUGCACCAGGUGGAUGCCUAUGAGCUGAGCAGUGUGGCCAGGGAGGAGGUGACUGAGGAGGAAAUAACCAGGUGGAAGCAGAGGGAGGAGCUGAAAAGGCAGUUUGAAGGAGUCCAAGAGAACUCUGCAAGGAAGAUGGAGAGGAGGAAUGAUGAGCAGUCCAUCCAGGACGCCCGAGCUCGCUACCUGGAGAGGAAGCAGCAAAGGGCUCAGGGCUUGAGUGGCCCCGAGAAGGAAAUGGGGUAACCCUGCUGGCAGCUCUGCUCCCCCUGCCAGGGGAGGCAGCUUCUGCAGCUCUGGGGGUGUUUGCAAAACACCAGAGGACUCACAGGAGCGCAGGGAAACUCGUGGUCAGUCCCAAUACCAAAGAGGACCAACACAAUUAAUUCCCUCUGCUGCAUCCAGCAGGGAAAACUUCCCAAGCUGACUUGUGUUGCUGCAGGUCAGUGGCAACAAUUUCGUGGCCUCAGCCCUGAUAACCAAGUGUGGUGCCAAUUCUCUGGCAUUUAUUUGACUUAAAGAGCUCUCAGUAAAUGAAAUUUAAAGAAAUGAUAUUCAUGUAAAUGAAUUUUUUCCUCAAGGUCGCUCAGGGUUUAUUUUUGUAAGGAGUGGAACUGUAAGUUUUUUUACCCAUUUCAUUCUGUCUGAUGGUGGUCAUGCAGAAUUCAUGCUCAGGAAGGGCUUUUUUAGUGGUGGAAGCAGCAGGAUUAAAUCCAAAGGGACACUUCCCACCUGCAUUCCGUGUUGUGCUGUACCAGGUACACACAAGGAAAUAAAAAGUGUUUUUCCUUGAGCAUCUGAAAGAGCAAGGAGCUGUGGUGCUUUGUCAUCAUAAAGUUUGUUUCCUUCUCAAUAAAGAAAUCCUGUUUUAUCACCAUAAUAAUCCUAAAACGCUCCAGGGCUCAAGUGAGGAGUUUGUGUAAGAAUUUCCAAAUAAUUGGAAGAACUUGCUGUGAUUUUUCCUGCCUCAGCUGUGUGCUCUGUGUCACCCUGGGCACUGGUUCAAGUGGUGUGUUGUGUUUUAUUACUGCAGCCCGAAUAAAACAUUCACCUUUCCACCUCUGCCUCACCUCAAGCAUUCCAGCACUGCCCAGGAUCCCAAAGCCUCCAAAUCCAUAAGAUUUUUUUUUGGAAUAUUACAAUAUUAUUGCUCAUAAAGAAAGUGCUGGGUCUGGUAAUUGUUCCUCUUCCUGUGAUUGAUGGGAAAGGGUUUUUUGUUCUUUCAGGCUCUGCUUUGGAGCAGCAGCACUUGGGCUUGACUCAUCCUCUGCUCUGAAUUUUUUGCUGUUUAAUUUGAUUUAUAUUUGCAGUGUCACAGCCCCUCAUGAGUCAAAUGCCAUCUGCACCACCCAGUGGGCCUGAAAUGAGUACACAGAAUGCCCACUGUUCCUUGGGGCUAUAAAUCACUUGGCAGAUCCUAAUGCUGAUUUUUUUACAGAUUUUUUUUCACUUUAUUCAUAGGAAGAAAUGAGGGAUUUUCCCCCCAGUGUGUUCCAGGGCUUCUCAGAGCUUUGGAGGUAGGGAAUUUAAGACAAAGUAAAAAUUAUCUGGGGAAGUAACAGUGAGCAGCAAAAUAAGAUUUCGGCCAAGUGCAAAGUGUGACAGCACACACAGCUCUGGAUGCUGCAGUCAUCCCAGGGAAAAAGUUAAGUUUUUACCUGUUUUACGUGCUGGGGUUCAAGUGUGGGUUAAUAAAACACAGAGGGAAACGUG